UUUCAUCGAGAAACAACAAUCACUUCAAAUCAUCCAACAUGAAAUUCCUCAUCGUUGCUACUUUCGUUGCUUUGUGGUGCUUCGUCGUAAGCCAGCAAAUUGGUGCAGAAAAUGCCAACGCUACCGUUGCUGGAAAUCAAACUUCUCCAGGGGUACCUACUGUUGAUCAAGGAAAUAAAACCACAUUAGACAAUUCUUCUGUUCCACAACCAGCUUUAGAACCACAACAGUCCCCACAAUCGGCCGGUGCUGCUACUCCACAGAAACCAGUUCGUUUGGUUAGGGACAGCUACCAAAAACAACACCACGAAUCUCAACAUAACACCAAAUCCAAAUCUAUGUAAACAAAAUGUUGGGAUAAAAUGGACUGGAAUGAUGACGACCAAUUUUUAUUUUUAUUAUAAAAAUCUUAUUUUUUCAAUUUUUUGUUAAAAAUUAUUUGAAAAAAA